AUGAUGGACUCCUUCCUCGACGAUAAAGCCUUGGUCCAUUACUCGUCUCGCUCAGCAUGGAGCUUUUGGAAUCGGUUGGUUAUUCAAGCAAGUCAGACCCAGGCCUGUGUCCGUCAUAGCUUGGCUGCAUUGAGUAGCCUGCACGAAUGGAUCGAGCUCACGAAGCGAACACCUUGGCAGAACCACACCUUUACUCUCUAUUACACAAAGGCCAUCACAGAGAUCAACCAGGGCCAAAGUGCCUUGCCCCUCGAGAUCAUUUUGAUCUCAUGCAUCCUCUUCGCUCACUGUGAUUUUCUCAUGGGCGCCUCCGCCGCGGGACUCACUCAUCUCAAAUCCGGGCAUCGUAUUAUUUCUGAGAACCGAAGGAGACAAGCCAUAAUUGCUCCAGAAGUUGCUGAGUUCAUCGAGCCCAUAAUACGUGGUUUCAUGGCCAAGUCGGAAAACUAUGCACUGCGAGAAGAACCAGGACCUGAGUCGGCCAAUCCGACAGAAGGUGCGACGUAUGCGGUUCCUGACAUGCCCGAGAUAUUUGAAGACCUGGCUCAGGCAAACAAGCAUCUACAACAGGCUGUCUAUAUGGUCCUGCUUCUUGAGCUGGGCAAACCACACCAUUCGACACCCAUGAUCCCAGGCGUCCGCAAGUACGUUGCCGAUUGGGCGAGCGCCUUUGGUCGCUGGAAAGCAAAUCUUGAACUUGACGAACCACUCCUGAAAGACUGGCAGCUGUUGCUACUUGCUCAUCAUCGGAUGGCCCUGCUGAUGUUGAAGACUCUUCCUCCAGACAAUGACUGCUGUUACAAUCGUGCCGCUGCAGACUUCCGAAUCAUGUUUGCUCAGCUGCGGACCUUUUUGCGAAGUGGAUACACUACAAUGGAAAAGGGACAGGACAGCAAUCUUGUCCUAAAGGUGCACCUGGGCUUUAUUGCGCCGCUGUACUUUAUUGCUACACUGUGCCGAGUCCGCGACAUCCGCCGAAACGCCCUCGAGGCAUUGCAAGACUUGAAGGUCGUCGAGGGCCAUUGGAACAGUUGUGUUGCCUAUGCCGUGGCUAAAGCGGUCGUUGAAAUCGAAGAAGCAUACGGUGAGACUUUGAUGAGGGUACGACGUAUCAAGGUCGACAGUGUUGAUCGAGUAAAGGAUGGAACUCUAGAGAUAAGAUACCACAAAGUGCCAGGGGACGGGACUCAUGGCGAUACUGUCACCAGAAGGAUAACAGAGCCUUGCUGCCACCACGAGACAAACAUGCAAUGGUACGUCUUGUCCAGCUUCAUGGAUUCCAGGCGAGUGUCAAACCUCGCAAGCUGA